GCUUCUUAAGCAUAACAUCUUUUCAUCAUCAAUGUGACCAUUUCUCUUUCCUUCUUAUCUGUUAUUUCAUUUUCCAAUCUGCACCUUUUUCUCAACAGUUAAACAAUUGCGUGGGUUUUCCCUGCUCUACAAUGUCUUCUACUCAGAAUAGUUGUGUUCUUCCCGAGAAUAUGCUCAUGGAAAUUUUGUCAUGGCUUCCGCUGAAGGAGGUCGUGCAAUUGAGAUGCGUUUCAAAAGUGUGGAACCAUCUUGUCUCUGAUCCUGCAUUCGUGAAACUGCAUUUUCAAAGGUCUCCAAAAAAUACUCACAUCUUAUUGACCUUUGUAGAUACCGCUGACGACGGAGCACAGGACAGGAAUUAUGCCGUAAUUUGCCCUAUACAAGAUUUACUAGACAACCCAUCAUCCACCCUUGAAACUUUACAUCGCAACAAUCGCCCAUUCAAUCGCAGUUACACUGUCUUGGGUGUCUGCAAUGGCUUAGUAUGCUUACAGGAUUCUUCUACUGAAGAGGUAUUUUCAGAAUACUGGUUUCGGAUUUGGAAUCCGGCCAUAAGGGCCAUGUCUAAAGACUCUCCACAUAUUCGUUUUAGAAACAGCGAUUAUAAAGAUGUUUCCUGGUUUAGGUUUGGGUUUGGAUAUGAUGAAUGGAGUGACACUUACCAAGUUGUGUUCUUGGAUAAUAAUAAGAAUGAAUCGCAGACACUAGAGGUAAGAGUUUGGUCUUUAGGGGAUACUUGUUGGAGGAAUACGUUAACUUGUGACCCUGUUCCUACUGGGUAUGGAAGUCCUCGAACUUUCGGAAUUUUUGUGAGUGCUACUUUAAACUGGUUAGCAUUUCCCAAAUUUUACCUUGAUAAUUCUGAUGAAGUUAAAAUGAAUCAGCUUGAAAUAUUUUCUUACCAUCUAAAGGAUGAGACAUGCAGAUAUUUUCCUAUGCCUGAUGACAUUUUAGAAGUCUAUGUUUAUGGUCCUGAGGUUGAGGUUUUGAAGGGUUGUUUGUGUCUUUUUCAUCAUUAUGAGUAUAACUUAAUUAUUUGGCUGAAGAGGGAGUUUAACGAUGAAAAAUCUUGGUCCAAGUUACUGACUUUUAGUUAUCAGGAAUAUGUCAAUAAUGAAUUUCCAUUAGAGUUGUCGAUAAUUUGGGAGGAUGAUGAGGUUCUGCUGCUUGCAAACACUUAUAUAUUUAAACCGAGAUUUUUGUGGUAUAACACCAGAUAUAAUAGAGUAGAUGGGGAAGAACGCUACGAGAAUGACAAAUGGUAUCUUUUCUCUCAUGAGUAUGCUCACAGCUUGGUUUCUCCGUGUAUGAAUUAAGUUGUCUUAAUCGAUGUUGAUAAGGCUAUCACAUCAUAUGAGGUUAAGGAUGAUAUGAAGUUCCAUAGUCUUUCUGGAAAUGUAUUAUGAAUUCUAGAAUGUAAGUUGUCUUUCUGAAUUAUGUAAU